AUGGUAGGCGCCGGUGUUAUUCGUCCGUUGCCUCCAGAGGUAGUAAAGAGAAUCGCAGCAGGAGAAAUCAUAGUCCGGCCAAGUUCAGCAAUAAAGGAGCUCAUUGAAAAUAGCAUAGAUGCGGGAGCAACGGAAAUUAGAAUUAACAUGAGCUCAAACCCACUCGACUUUUGCGAAAUAAUAGACAACGGAUGCGGAGUGAGUGAGAAGGACCUGCUGAUCAUAUGUAAGCGUUACACGACAUCUAAGACCAGAGACAGCAUAGAGGGAGUGAAGAGCCUGGGAUUCAGAGGAGAGGCGCUGUCGUCACUGUCGCAAAGCGCACACGUUACCAUAUCCUCGAGGACGGAAGAAGAGCCUAGGAGAACAGUGUUAAGGUACUCAGAGUGUGAGCCGCUGGUAGAUGAAAUCGCCUACGAGGACGGGCCGAGAGGGUUCCACCUGAAGUACGAAGGCCUGUUCUACAACUACGAAACGAGGCACAAAAGCCUGCUGUCAAACGCAAACUUUGAAUUCAACUCGUGCCUGCAGCUCGUGCAAAAGUAUUCCAUAAAUUUCCCGAAAAUUAAGUUCGUUUUCAACAAAAUUAACUCGAACGUAAUGCAGUUCAGCAGCUCAAGCUCAUCUCACCAGAGUACAAACACAGAGUCGACGCAGGCGGAGGUAAACCCGAAGAGAGCGACCGUAAGCACCAGUCUAGUUAGUGGGUCUAGUGAAGUGAAGGAGGAGGGUGAGGAAAGAGGAUCAACAGAGCAUAAAAUGGACCACGACCACUACUUCUUCUCAAGAAUAUACGACAGUGCAACCAGACUCGAGGAUGACCCGUUGGUAGAAGAGUACGCGUCAAACGUGCAGAGAAACAGCAUGAAAAGCCUGGAGCUUAUCAGAGAGAGCGUAAAGAACAUAUACGGGUUGAACGUCAGUAGGAUUUUGCACGAAAUAGUGUGCAACAACUUCGAAGAAACGUUCUUCAACUGCAAAGGACUUAUAUCGCACCCAAACCAAAUGUCGAAAGUGGACUUGUUCAUACUAUACAUAAACAACAGACUGAUAGAUUUGCCACAGCUUAAGAAUUUGGUGUAUAACACAUACAAUGAAAUCAGUAACAAUAAAUACAGAAGAUUUAUAUACUUAUCGAUUUUUGUACCAUAUAGUAAAAUAGACGCGAACAUACACCCAUCGAAGAGGAAGAUAACGAUCGAAGGACAGACUGAGAUAGAGAAGCUGACUGAGAUGAUGAAGGUGGCAAACCCAGUAGCGACGUAUUCAAACACGAAUAAGUUGGUGACGGAAUACCAUUUUAACAAAGAGAGUCUCAGCAAUAAAUUUAAAUCGAGAGUUAGCGCAAAGCAGACGAACAUAUCGCAUUACGUUACGCCUCUAUUUUCAGGAACAUCAGGGACGACCAUGGAAAUAGAGUCGUAUAAAAGGGGAUCAGAAAGUGACGAGGUAGGAGGAGUGGGAAGAGUAGUAGCAGAAUCGAGGGAAGGAGAGACAUAUGGACGACAAAGUGACUACCUAACGGCAAGUUGCACUGUAACCAGUUCCAUAACUGGAAAGAAGCAGAGGACAGGCGAUGUUGAUGCUAAUACUUAUCAAGAGAAUCAAGGUAGCACUGGCACAGUCACCGGAGAGUGCAGAGAAGCCAGUUUGGGGAGCACAGCUGCUCAGGAGGCAGAGGAGAAUGAAACGACGGCGUAUGCCGAUGAGGCCACGCUAAGAGAAGGGUCGCUGCCAAAAGAAAGAGCAGGAUCAGUCUACGACGAGGAUGAAGCGGCAAGGGAUAAGAACAUGAUAGAAGAGUACAACUUCAACGUCAUGAAGAUAAAGUACAUGAACAAGAUAAACAACUUCUCCUACAGUAAAGUAAGAAACAGGAGCACGCUGGGAAAACUAUACAAGGCAAAGGAGGUCAAGGAGCUGAUAGACAAGAUGAUUGAAGGCAGGGACGAGGAGCUGACGAGCGUGGUGCUGAACUCGUCGUACGUCGGCAUGGUCGACAAGACGCACAUACUGGUGCAUCACAAGAAGGACCUGAUGAUGCUUAACAUAUUUGCAAUAUCCAAAGAAUGCUGCUUCCAAAGCAUCAUCUGGAGGCUGAAUAAUCUGCCGUCGUUUAAACUUAGCAUUGACGUUCCGCUGGUAAAGCUGCUGUCGCACUCGCUAAAAAAGUACAACGCCAAGCUCGAGGUUCACAAAUUGAUUAAGUUCGACUACAUUAAGGUACUGAAUGUGCUCUUUGGAUUCUGCAUCAAGGAGCUGGUGAUAUAUAAGGUACCGGACGUCCUCAACGGGUACUUUCCUGGCGCCGAGUACCUUUCAGAUCUGUUCUACAGCAUAUUUACCAUCGAGUGCACCUCCCUGGGCGAGCUGGUCGUUAAAAUCGCAAAAUCAAUAGCGUACCACUACUUGCAGCCGCCUCUAAAUAUUAAUCCAGAGAAUGACAUCGACUCUGAUUAUGAGAAUUUUGCCUCUAGAGUCUUAUUUUCCUCUUGCCAAAGAUUCAAUGAUUUGUUGAUCCCCAAGGAGUCAGUUUAA